GGGAGCAUCUCCUAUCGCGCGGGCGACGGGUUCCGCUUCUCAGUUCGCAGCAGCGAUCUGAUAAGAGGACGACUCUCGCUGGCCCUCGAAGCGCCGUUCACUUGACAGCAGAGGAACUGGCUCAAUCCGCGGGGCUCCACUGCGCGCACAGAGAGACAUCAUGAAAGGAAGCCGCCACGAUCCCGCUGGUGCCCCGGCGCCCCAGCGAUCCCUACUGUUGGCCCUCCUCUGCAUUGUUCCGCCGCUGGCCGUGAAUGGCUUUCAGCUCGACGGGCCGCCGGACUCGCAGGGGCUGCUGGCCACCGAGGAGGAGGCCCUAGGACGUGCGCGAUCCUGGCUCAAGACGCACCCGUGCCACCAGUACAAGGUCCCGGCGGGCCCCGGCGAGGCGCAUCAGCGGACGCUGGCGUUGGCGCUGGUCGAUCCGGCUUUCUUCGACCGCUGCUCGGUGGAGGCCCUGCUGCACGUGCGCGAGCUGCAGCACCAGCUGCUCGUCCAGCUGCCCACGACUGCCGAGAAGGGACAGCUGGCGCUGCACGUUCUGGCGCUAUCCGCAUCCUGCCAGCCUAUACGAGACCCGAGAGGCCGCAAUCUUGCUGCGCUACUGCGGAAGAAAUCGUCCGACCCUGUUCCGCGCAACCGCUUCUCAGAGGCCCUGCAGCUGCUGGCUCUCUGCUCGCUCGGGGACCGCGGCCGCAAGCUCACCGACAUGGUCAUGGCGAACGUCCAAGAGCUGGCAGCCGAAAGCCCAGCUGCUGUCAUGGACUCCCUUGCUAUCAACGUGUUGGCCAUGGCCUGUUUGACCGAUAACGAACUUGGAGGUGGGUCGGCAGCUGUCCACGAUGCACUCAGACCUCUAGCCCAGCUGCAGCAACCAGACGGCAGCUUCGGGAACGUCCACACCACGGGCCUUGUGACGCAGGCACUGGUUGCCGUCGACCCAGAAACCACGCAUCUGUCCUGGCGCCGACAGGAUGCACUGAACUUCCUCCGGCGUGCGCAGCACAGGGACGGUCACUUCGGCGGCCUUCUGGCCACCACCCAGGUGGCGCCACUGCUGGCCGGAAGGACGCUCGCCGACCUCGCCUCGCACGCCCGGCGCUUCUGUUCCCCGGCGGACAAUGGCUCGGCAUCGGCGCUGUUAGAACCAAAAGAAAUCACCGUAUGGUACUCACUGUGGGUCGGCGACGACGCCACAAACCGGUCGAGUACCACAGUGUGGGUACGCCAGAACGCCACGCUGUUCGACGUCAUGAAGGCUGCCGCAGGAAAAGACAUCCGAUUCAGAUUCGAAUAUGACACUGCCAGCAGCCUCGGUCCAUACGUGCUCUCCUUGGCCGGAGUACCGCGCGACGUGGAGACGGGCCACUUUUGGCUGGCGCACACUAUGAACUUCGACACGGGGCUCGUAACGCCGUUGUCAGUCGGAAUUGGAAUGCACCUGGUAAAAGACUCCGAUCACGUGAUUAUGUGGUACAAACAUGUAGUUUACUGAACACGUAUUCUAAUAAAAUUCAAUUGUCAGUUCCA